CUCAAAUCAAAAACUAUCUCUUCAUUUCAAAUGACUCCAAUCAUUUUCAUCCUACUACUAUUACUAUUCAUCCCCCAUACCACUUGCCACCAACCCUUUUUUCCGGUCACCGACUCUCCACCACCACCCAUAACCACCACACAACCACCCUCACCCUCACCAUCUCCACAACCUCAACCCCAACCAAAACACCCUUUUUCUUCCUUACCACCACCAUUCACCACCAUUCACCACCACCAUUUCUUCCCAUUUUUCACCUCACCACCCUCUCCCACCACCACCCCAUCAACCUCCCUCCCAACUUUUCCGGCCAACCUCUCCUCCAUCACCAUCCCACCACCUUCCACUAAAUCACACACUUCCAAAAAACUCUUUUUCUUGUCACUCUCUCUUUCACUUCUUUCCAUUAUAUUCAUUACCACCAUCAUUGUCACCUUGUUAUACAACCGUACACACCAUCACAAACCACCACCACCACCACCACCUUCUUCCUCCGACGGCCACCGUCUUUUUCCGGCCAACCACCCUGUUUCCGACAAACCACCACCAUCUUUGUCACCCAACUACUCAACUACUCAUAGCUCUGAGUAUCUUUAUCUUGGUACUCUUAUUAGUCCUUUACAUGAUUAUGACCAACAUAAUAAAACAUCCAAUAAUAAUAAUAAUAAUGUGAUCAGUGGUGCAUCCACUAGUAGUAGUCUUGGUUUUGACACAAUGGGUUCACCGGAGCUCCACCCUCUUCCGCCGUUACCCCGCCAUCAUCAUCAACACCACGACAUUCUUCACAAAGAUUUCCACAAGACAGUGGUUCUGCCUACUCGACCGCCACCCCCCCCACCACCAAUGCAGGCGGCACCUGGAUUGUUUGAUUCACGAACAAAAGAAGAGAUCAUAAUGCCGAAAUUAAAACCUUUACAUUGGGAUAAACUAAGAGCAAGUUCAGAGAAAGCAACGGCAUGGGAUCAGUUGAAAUGUAGCUCUUUUCAGUUGAAUGAAGAAAUGAUAGAGACGUUGUUCAUGGCAAAUUCAUCAAAAGUGGAACCCAAUUAUAGCACCAUGGCUUCAAAUAUGAACCAAAAUAAUCGGGUCCUUGACCCACAUAAGUCCAGGAACAUAGCCAUACUUUUAAGGGCAUUUAACUUGACCGUUGAUGAAGUCUGUGAAUGUAUUCUUCAAGGUUAUGUCGAUAACUUAGGUUCAGAGCUAUUGGGGAGCUUGUUAAAGAUGGCUCCAACCAUGGAGGAAGAAGUUCAACUAAAGGAGUUGAAAGAUUCAUCACUGGCCGGGCUUGAUCAUUCUGAGAAGUUUCUCAAAGCUGUUAUUGAUAUACCUUUUGCUUUCAAGAGGGUGGAUGCUAUGCUUUACAUAUCAAAUUUUGAUACUGAGAUUGAGUUCCUUAAGGAGUCUCUUGAAACGAUCCAGUCGGCUUGUCAACAACUUAGGAGCAACAGGAUGUUGAUUAAACUGCUGAAAGCUGUGCUCAUGGCGGGAAACCGAAUGAAUAUCGGAACUAACCGUGGGGAUGCUCAUGCCUUUAAGCUUGAUACGCUCCUCAAGCUUAUAGACAUCAAGGGCACUGAUGGAAAAACGACACUGUUACAUUUUGUUGUACAAGAAAUCACGAGAGCAGAAGGACGUCUUUCAGAGGUAAAUCAACAAUCUGAACUCUAUGAUGAGGUCGAGUCCAAGAAACGUGGUCUUGAAAUGGUUUCAGGUCUUGGUGGGGAACUCUCGAGUGUUAAGAAAGCUGCAAGUAUGGACUUUAGUUUACUUUCAAAAGAAGUAGAAAGGUUAGCCAUGGGUUUAAGCAAGAUUCGACAAGUGGUGGCUUUAAGUGAACAAUUUGGAUCAAAUAAGAGAUUCUUGGACUCCAUGAAUAUGUUCUUAAAGAAAGCGGAAGAUGAUAUUGUAAAGAUUAAAGGUCAAGAACGAGUGUCGAUUUCUAUGGUUAAAGAAACUACAGAGUACUUCCAUGGAAAUUUGACCAUUGAAGAAGGCCAACCAUUGUGGAUAUUCAUGGUGGUUCGAGACUUCCUGUUGGUUCUUGAUCGGGUCUGCAAGGAAGUCGGAAAGAUGAAUGAAAGAACAACAAUCGGAAAUCAAAGUCAAAGUCUGCCGUCUUUUUUUCCAAGUUUUAACGGACGGCAGGGGAUUGGUUCGUUUGAUGGUGAAGACGAAUCCACAAUGGGCUAGAUGGUUUCCAGCCUUUUGUUUUGUUAUUCGAUUGCAAUGCUCGGAGACUAGGUCAUCUACAUAUAAUUUUUGGUAGAAGAUUUUGGUGUAGUUUUUUAUUCUGGCCAAAAUCAUGUGUUAUGAUAAGUUAUAUGUAUUUCUAUCUAUUAAGUAGCAAUUUGUACACUAUAAACUAUAAAUCAGUUAGUGUAAUUUUAUGUAAGUUUUCCUUUAUAAA